CCGAUUAUUUUUCUGAUGGACAACCUCACAUCGAAGGCCAGCUAAAGGAGAAGAAGGUGCGAUGGAAAUUAUUUCGUACUUGGAGAACCCGUUAUUUCACACUUGCAGGAGAAAACCUUGUUUACAAAAAGAACAAAUCGACACAGUCAAAGGGCACACUACCGAUUGAACUGGGGAAAGUUCAAAGUGUAAAAGCAGUCAGGAGGCGUGAUCGUAGUAUACCAAGAGCUUUCGAGAUAUUUACAGAAGACAACAAGUCGUAUGUAUUCAAAGCAAAAGACAGUACAAAGGCAGAGCAAUGGGUACAAUGUUUAACAAUUGCUGUACGCCAGGCUAAUACGAAGCAGUGAUUCAAUAUUUAGGUCUUAAAUCCAGACUUAAAAAAUUGAAAAUGGAUAUAUGUAUGCCAUUCAAUCAGUGACAAAUCUGUAGAUUUACAACUGUUUUGAAAGCACAUAAUUAUCACCGUAUUUAUUUGAAUAAAUGCUUCCUCAAAGAAAUGCCCCUCCAGAGGCUAAUUUGGAAUAAACUCCUCUCUUAAGUAAAUGCCGGGGG